AUGAGUUCCCCUUGCUCAGAGCCGUUGGUGUCUUCUUGGAGCUUAGGUUUGAACGGAACCUUCACAGCAGAUGGCACGCAAGUGAACGGCAAGCAGGUGUACAGCCAGGGCGACGGGAGUCUGGAGUGCUUGUGGUACCACAACGGGGCGUGGCGUGUUGGAAAGUACAACUGGCUUGCUAGCAAGGACUUAGGUCGCUGCCACGCCUUCGUGAAGACCGAGGCGGACUUGGGCGACCUCGGCGCGGACGAGACCUGGAUGAGCUGCCUCGGACCCGCCGGCGGCGACCCGGAUGGCCAGGAGAGCAGCUUAUUUCAGCCGCAGAUGAGUGCGAAGGCUGCGAAGAUGGCACUCGACAGCAUGAUGAAGCGUGGCAACAGCAAGAAGCUGACACCCACUGCUAGCAGCAACCGCCUCACCAACAUCCUCACUGACCAGUUCCUACAGCACAACAUCGAGCCCCCACCCAUGACGCCGCCGGGGAAGAACCGGGCCCGUUCCGGGACUGGAAGCAAAGACGAGGUCGCGUCCCGUGGCGCUUCGAAGGAGGGCGGUCUGUAG